CGCACGCGCAGUGCGGGCGGGGGCGCGCGGGGCGCGGGGCCGCGGUUUAAAGGGGCCGCGGCGCGGGGAGCCCGGAACGCCCCGGGACCCCCGGGACCCCCGGGACCCCCCGGGACCCCCCGAGCUCCCCGGGACCCCCCGGGACCCCCCCGACCCCGCCAUGGUCUGCGGAGGCUUCGCCUGUUCGCGCAACGCGCUCUGCGCCCUCAACGUGGUUUAUGUGCUGGUGGGGGUGCUGCUGGUGGCCGUGGCGGGCUGGGCGCGGGGCCUGGCCGGGGGCUCCAGCCCCCCCCUGCUCGGAGGAGCCUUCGCCGUCGGAGUCUUCCUCCUGCUGAUCGCGGGGCUGGGGCUGCUCGGGGCCCUGCGGCACCACCAGGUCCUGCUCUUCUUCUACGUGCUGAUCCUGGGCCUGGUGUUCCUGUGCCAGCUGGGCGUGUCCUGCGCCUGCCUCGCCCUGGGCCGCGACGCUCAGGAGCGGCUGCUGCACUCGGCCUGGCCCCUGCUGAGCGGGGGGGCGCGGGGGGAGCUGCAGCGCAGGCUGGGCUGCUGCGGUUUGGGGGAGCCCCCCGGGACCCCCCCGCCGGUCAGCCCCCCCCCCGGGAGCCCCCCCGGGCUGGAGCCCCCCUGGGAACCCCCAAACUGCCCCGCUAGGUGCCAGUUCCCCCCGGGGGGAGCCCCCCCGUGCCCCCCCUGCGCCCCCCAACUGCUGCAGCACUCGGACCAGGCCCUCAAGAUCCUGGGGGGGGUCGGGCUGUUCUUCAGCUUCACCGAGGUUUUGGGGGUCUGGCUCGCCCUCCGCUUCCGGAACCAGCGCGACCCCCGCGCCAACCCCGGGGCCUUCCUAUAGCGGGGGGGCCCGGGGGGGGCACAGCUCCUCUGGGGAGGGGUCCCGGCCCUGAGGGGUCCCCAAAUGCUGACAGCUGCCCCCCCGCAGCCGCAUGAAGCACUGGGGACAAGGACACCCCCCCACCCAAAUCAUGGGGUGACCCCCCCCCCACCGGCAGGGCUGUGACCCCCCCCCCCCCACAGCAGGAGGGGCCUGGGGCAGAGCCCCCCCCCCCCCAUCUCAGUCUGAGCUCUCCAAACUGGUUUGUACUGGUCGUUCAGACACCCCCAGCCCCCACGGUGUGUCCUCCCCCCCCCCUGCCCGGGGGGGUCACGGUCACCCCCACACUGGGGAGGGGCACACGGGGCAGGACCCCCCCCCCAACAGCGACUCCCCCUCCUCCCAGUCUGACCCCUCCCAAACUGGGGGGUGCCCCUCCCCCAUACACUCCCCCCUUGGGGGCUGGGGGGGAGGGUGCUGAGGGGGGGGGUCACAACCUCCCCAAAUCCAGCAGGGCCCCCCCCCAUCCCAGCACCCUGAACUGGUCUGUACUGGUUUACACCAUGACUGGGACCAGUGACCCCCCCAGUGUGUGUGUCCCCCCCCCACCCCCAGACCCAAUGUGGGGGGGGGAGGGAGCAGGGGGACACCACCCCCCCCCCCGCUGCCACCACGGGGGGGUCACGGUGUCCCCUCCCAAUAAACACACCACCCUGA